AUAUGUCUUUUUUGAUGUCACGUCAAAGUCACUCCGCGACAAGGGGGCGUGUCCUUAAGAAGAAGACCUCCUGAUUCCAGAUGUAACGCCAGGAGCGUCAAUUCAGGUUUCAAAUCUCCAGUUCAGAAGCCUAACAUGGAGAAAUCUCCAGUGUGCCCUGAGGAAGAAGUCAAAGAGCUCAAGAAAACACUGGAUGGGCUGAAUUCAGAGAUCGCCUUGUUGGAAAAAGAAGGAUUCGUUGUACAGGAGCUGGAUCAACACAUAGACCUGCUGCACGAAUACAAUGACAUCAAAGACAUCGCACAAACUCUGCUGGGUAGAUUAGCCGGCGUGCGUGGUGUGACCACACGAGACUUGUACAGUCACUUUGGCCUCGAGUUGGACGACUGACUGAGCUUCAUGAGAAGAGAUCGAGUAACUGGAAGGCAUCUUAAUCUGAAUUAGUUUUAUGUCUUUGUAGCAAAUACACCAGUUAGUGUUGUUUUCUUCAUGCUGUUGUGAUAGAUGAGACAAAUUUAGAAGUUUCAGUACAAUUAACGCACUUAAAAGAAAUAGUUCAGCUAAACAUUUGCUCACCCUCGGGUCAUCCAAGCUGUAGAUGAGUUUUUUUCAUCAGAUUUGGAGAAAUUUAGCAUUACAUCACUUGCGCACCAGUGGAUGCUCUGCAGUGAAUGGGUGCCGUCAGAAUGAGAGUCCAAACAGCUGAUUAAAACAUCACAAUAAUCCACACCACUCCAGUCCAUCAGUUAACAUUGUGUGAAGGGAAAACCUGUGUGUUUAUAAACAAUAAGAUGUUUUUAACUUCAAAGCAUUGUUUCCGGCUAAAAUAUCAGUCCUUAAUCCAUAACAGUACUUUCUCCAGUGCAAAAGUCGUCUCGUCUGAAUCAGGAGAGAAAUAUGCACAGAUCAAUCACCGUUUACAAGCAAAAAACUGUUCUAAACAAAUAUUAAGAAGGAUUUUGACAACAAAGAAUGGACUUUUUCCCUGGAGGAAGCAUUAUUAUGCAUAAUGAAAUCAUAUUUUGGGCAAAAGCAACCGUUUUAAGUUCUUAAUGAUGGAUUUGUUUCUUACAAACAUGCAGCUUUUCACUUCUGACGGCACCCAUUCACUGCAGAGGAUCCACUUUAGUACGUGAUGUACUGCUAGAUUUCUCCAAAUCUGUUCUCAUGAAAAAACAAACUCAUCUACAUCUCGAAUGGCUUGAGGGUGAGAAAAUUUCAGCCAAAUUUUAGCCUGAACUAUUCCUGUAACUCUGAUUUCAUGAAACGUAUAAACCUUUAAAGAAACGAAAAGGCUUCUGUCAACAUUUUGAGAAGAAUUGCCUCAGAGUUUAUCUCAGCUCCAGCAAUGCACACAGUUUUCCUCACGCUGUGUUUGUGCCAAAAGCAAGGUGUUAUUGUUCAUGAGAAAUUGUGUAUGAAAAACAUGUCUAAUCCCAUAAACUUGUCAUUCAAAUCGGAUGAAUUAAAGGAAUAGUUCACCCAAAAAUUACAUUUCUGUCAACAUUUCCUAACCUUCAUGUUGUUUCAAAACCUGUCUGACUGACUUUCUUAGUGAAACCCGAGAUGAAACUUUGGAGAAUAUCCACACAACUCUUAUUUAGACUUUAACAGCCCAUUCGCAUUGUAUGUCCAAGAGCAGCAUGGACAUUCUUCAAAACAUCGUAUUAUGUGUUCCACUGAAGAAAGUCAGUCAUUAAAGUUUGGAACAGUGUAAAUAGUAAUAUAGUGUUUGUUUAUGGGUGAACUAGUCCAAAUUAAUUUAACUAUGUUUUACUGUUGAUUUCCAAUUUCAGUUUGUAAUUGUCUAAUUACAUAAAAUGAACAUAUAUAUUUUUUUAUGUAUAUGCAAUAUUUGUGUGAUUGAUCAAAUGUUUUGUGUCACAAAAACUGAUCCAACUGUGUUAAAGUUUAACUAAUUACACUUUAUGAAAGUUAUGAUCAUGAA